AUGAAAUACGAAAAAAUACUGUAUAUUGAAUAUGAAUCUCACAGGAAUCUGAAUAAUGUUUGUCUAGGAGAUGCUUGGGGUGCUGCGCCCCCGUGCGCUACUCCCCGAGACCCUGCGAUGCGAGAACUGGGUUCCCACUUGCUUCAGUCGCUCGAUGGAUUCAUAUUCGUUUUGGCGCCCGACGGCAAAAUCAUGUACAUCUCGGAAACAGCUUCAGUACAUUUAGGACUUAGCCAGGUUGAAUUAACGGGUAACAGCAUAUUCGAAUACAUCCAUCAAGCCGAUCACGAAGAAAUGACCGCAGUACUAUCAGCCCAAUACCCCGGCGGCGCCCCAUUAGUGGGACCUCCACCCAUAACGGGCGCCGGCUACCGGGCUCAGGCACAAGAAUUGGAGAGCGAAAGGGCUUUCUUCAUACGAAUGAAGUGCGUGCUGGCCAAGAGGAACGCAGGUCUCACGUCCGGAGGAUUCAAGGUAAGGGAUAAAAAUAUCACUGGAUUAUUGGCAUUCAAUUUAGGCUCACUAAAAUCUGGUCUUUCAGUCACUGGAUUAUUGGCAUCCAAUUUAGACACAUUAAAAUCUGGUUAUCCAGUCACUGGAUUAUUGGCAUCCGAUUUAGACUUAUUAAAAUCUGGUCCUUCAGUCACUGAAUUAUUGGCAUCCGAUUCAGACAUAUUAAAAUCUGGUCCUUCAGUCACUAUAUUAUUCCGAUUCAGACAUAUUAAAUCUGGUCCUUCAGUCACUAUAUUACUGGCAUCUAAUUUAGACUACUAA